AUGGCGACCGUGUCGGUAGCAGGUUCGUACGAGCAGUACAAGCUCGACACUAGCCGCUUCAUCUUCUGGCUUGUCGUCACUGCGCGCGACAAGGAGUACGAGAUUGAUAACCCAUCUGUGCCCCAGAACAUGACCACACAGCAGCCUUCAAAGCGACUGAAAGGUAAAGAGAGGAAGCAAGCUAAACAAGCGGCUGCCAGCAAAGCUAUCUCAUCAAAUGCAGCCUCGACCGCUUCGAAGGGCAAGUACUCCAUUUCGACCGAGACAAUUCUCAAGUUGGCAAGACAUAUCGCGAAGAAAGAGAGGACUUCGAUAAUGCCUAAGUUUGUCUGGUAUUCCUACAAGCGGGCCGUGAAAACACGUCAGGCGUACGCCGAUCGAUAUGCCCAGGAAGAACUAUCGGAGAGGACUUCGGACAAUGGUCAUAUUUACUUCCUGUGGUUGUUGAAAUACUGCCACGAGAUUCUGGAAAAGAAGGUCAAGGUACAGUCGGUUGCUCGACCUGUUACCGCCAACCCCCCAGACCUUCGAUAUAGCAUUGCGAUUGCGCCCAUGUCAGCGCCAACACCCCACCCAGCGUCUACAUCUACGCUACAAGUCGUUGGUAACGACCGGGAUAUCGUGACCGAGGAAGCUGCGGCUGCUGAAGCAGAGCGGGAGGCCAUCGGUCAUGAGCUGGACGAGCUCGCUCGCAACCUCGAGCUCGACUUGGAGACCGAGAACGAAAAGGAGAUGGAGGCCAAGAGUAAAGAAGAGUUGGAGACCAAGCGCAAAGAAGAGUGGAAGACUAGGACCAAAGAAGAGUUGGCCUUGAGGAAGUCUUGUCUGACGGACGACAUGCGUGUGGCCGUCAUACAGCUAGAGCGUGACUGGGAGGACACACACAAGGACUUCGGCGUUGAGGAUCACUUGGACGAAGUUCGAGCUAUGCUCAUGACAGAAGCUGCGUUCGGCCUUAUACGCCACGAGGAGGAGGCUUUAGUGCUAGCAGCUUAUGAGAAAGGGCUACCGGCGUUUGAUCCUUCUCUCAAUGCGGAUGAGUUCUUCGGCAAGACUGCGAGGUCUCUCGAAAAGAUUGAAGCAGAGCGGAGAAGGUUUGGCCCAAAUUACUUAUUCCUAGCACCGCACCUGGGCGCUCACGAUGUUUCCGCACGGCUACAUUCCAAAGAAGAUUACGAAUUUCUCGUUCAUUAUUUACACGAAUCAGGAUUAGAACAUGAAGUUAGAACGCGACAUGAAAAGGGCUUCAGGAUGCCAUUGCUGAAAGGGGCAUUCGACGCGCCUUCCAGAAUUUACGGCUCCCUCGGUAUCUGGGAAAAGGUUUCGAUGGUUACCACGUUCGCUGCCGAGUUGGCGAUCAGGAUCCGAUCGAAAGACAAAGCCCACUCGCUGAAGCAAUAUACCCCGAUCCUAACUAGGGCGGCGAAAGAGGAGAUGCAGUUCGCAUCCUGGCAGAACCAGGGAAUCAACUUCCAUAGAAAUAGCUGGGAAGUCACAGAAUCCGCACGUACACACCGAUCCUUUAUCAUAGGUCGACCAUUUUCUCGAAUUCGGUAUGUCGAGAUGCGACUGUUGAAGUCUACGCACCCGCUCUACGGCUUACAGUACGACUACCCGAAGCCAACAUUCAGGACUACAGAAGCCCGGGAUGAGCUCAUGGAGGGUCUUGAGAACGAAGGUAUUGAGGAUAACGCAGGCGACACGCUUAUGCGACAGAGCUAUGCUGCUCAGUAUAUACUUCCGCCCAGAGACGGUGACUUUCUGCGGAUGACGAUCCCGACAUUAAGAGCAAAGCUUUCCUUAACCCAUCUUCUAUUGCGCGAAGAAAUGGGACUCAGUUUUGCGAAUGCCAGCCCACAAAUAUUUGCGCUUUGUCACUUGUACAACUGCUUCCUCAAGCGGGGCUUGAUCAACGGCGGUUGGCCGGAGAUUGAGUUGGUGAUGGAGUGGCAUGUGAAAGAGAUAUUUCUCAAGGAAGUUCCCGUCAAGUCUGGAGAUUUUUUCUCGCGACUGCUACUUGCGACGGGGUUUUCGUCAAAGUUGAUUAAGGAAGCUCGAAGUCUAAACAAGAACCCUGACCGUUAUCUCGACUUCGGGAAACCCACACACAAGACGAGCGAGCUCGUACCACUUCCGAUGACAAACAUUCUCCGCGACUAUGUCCAUGAGAGAGACAAAACAUUACGCACAUGGCAUCGUAUGGAUGAAGAGAUGACCAAACAUUCUGGACGCUCUUCACGGGGGCAAGACCCCGACGAUCUGAACAUAUUGUCUUUCAUCAGAGACUUCCGCAACUCUGGACAGCUUUUUCAACUUCUUUCCCGGCUCGAGUUUGACUACAUUAGCCUAACGCUACAGUGCAACGAGCUUUGUCACAAGAUCGACGUUGAACACAAGAAGCUUUCUAGGAACACGGAACCACACGACGAGGCUGAUUGGAAGUCGCCUAUCGACCGUGGUUUCUCGAUUGUGUCAACGCUUCUUGGAGAUCUCGACCGCGCCUUCCUUUUGAAAGAGAGGGGACGCAAGCAAGAUAAGGGCAUCGCAGAAACGACUCCCAUCGUUGAUAUAGCUGUGCGGGUGUUACAGGAAUUUCUGGAUGGACUGAAUAACUUAAAAACCCUAUCGGUGGGUAGAGGAAGGGAUUAG